CGCCAUCCCCUUAUCGUCCGGACCACACAGCCAUUCAACCUCACUGUCAGAGCCGGAGGCCAAGCAAAAACCUCACCUCAAGCUCCCUCCCUCCCUUCCAAGAAUGCCAGAUUAUCCACUACGCCCUCCUCCUCUCCUCCUCUUCCUCCUCCCCUCCCACCAUGAUUACCACCCAUCUCUCCCCCAUCCCGAAGCCCACCUUCCCCUCCCGCUUCCACUCCCACCUCCACCCACACCUCGCCGUCUCCCUCCCCCUGCCCCGCCGCCACGGCCAACUCGCCAAGCCCUCCGCCGCCGCCCCGCCGGACCUCCUCGCGAGCGUCGAGUCGGUGGCCUCCGCCGCCUCCGUCCUCGCGGCCAUCGUGCUCGUCCACGAGUCCGGCCACUUCCUCGCCGCGGCAUCCCGGGGCAUCCACGUCUCCCAGUUCUCCAUCGGCUUCGGCCCGGCCCUCGCCCGCUUCCGCGUCGGCCCCGUCGAGUACGCGCUCCGCGCCAUCCCGCUCGGCGGCUACGUCGGCUUCCCCGACGACGACCCCGAGUCCGGCUUCGCGCCCGACGACCCCGACCUCCUCCGCAACCGCCCCGUCCCCGACCGCCUCCUCGUCGUCUCCGCCGGUGUCGCCGCCAACCUCGCUUUCGCCUUCCUCAUCGUCUACUCCCAGGCGCUCACUGUCGGCGUCCCCGUCCAGGCGCGGCUCCCCGGGGUGCUCGUCCCGGAGGUCCUCCCAGGCUCAGCGGCCGCGCGUGCGGGUCUCCUCGCCGGCGACGUCAUCCUCGCCGUCCCCGGCGCCGCACCGGACCCCUCUGUUCCCGUCCUCGUCGACCUCAUCAAGGCCAGCCCCAGCAAGAAUGUGCCCAUUACCGUUUCAAGAACCGCGCCCGGGGUGCCGGACAGGCAGUCCGUUGAACUCACCGUCGUGCCGGAUACCAGCGCCGAUGGCACAGGGCGUAUCGGCGUGCAGUUGUCGCCCAAUUUCCGUGUCACGCGCGUCCGCCCCCAGAACCUGGCUGACGCGACCGUCCUCGCCGUGCGCGAGUUCACCGUCUUGACCGGGACGGUGUUCGACGGGCUCAGGCAAACUUUGCUCAACUUCUCACAGUCGGCGGAGAAGGUGUCCGGCCCUGUGGCCAUCAUUGCUGUUGGCGCCGAAGUGGCCAGGUCCAGUGCUGACGGGCUGUUUCAAUUCGCCGCGGUGAUUAACCUCAACCUUGCAGCCAUAAACUUGUUGCCGCUGCCGGCAUUGGAUGGGGGGACGUUAGCGUUGAUCCUUCUUGAGGCGGCCCGUGGUGGUCGGAAGAUCCCCCGUGAAGUUGAGCAGGGGAUCAUGUCCUCAGGGAUAUUGGUGGUGCUGAUGGUUGGCAUGUUCCUCAUUGUGCGUGACACGCUCAAUCUUGAUUUCAUCAAGGAUAAUUUGUGAUAGUUGGACGAAAAAUUCAUCACAGUUGUAGUCAAAUCACCAGUACUAGACUUUGUCUACCUUGGAAAAAGGAUUGAAGGAAACGUAUCAUGUUUCUUUGUCAAGCCAACUCAAAUUUUCUCAUGCGACUCUGUUCCUUACAGGAUUUCUAGGACAAUUGACUUUCUGGCAUGGAAGGAUAUAUAGGCCGUAUUUUUACCCUACUACACUGUAAUAUGUGGAUUGGAAGUAGGAGAUAUCUCAUGGCAAUAGAUCAACUUUCCAGUAAUGCACUAGAGUAGAAUAUGGCUGCUCUUUUUCUUUUGGGAGUAAUUACAUUACGUCCGAAAACCUUUGAAAUCUACAUUUUCCCCUCUAUGCCAAGUUUUAUCCUUUGAUUGCAAAUAGUUCCGAAAUGGUAA